AUCCUAAAAAUUUUAAACAAAGAAAUUAAAUUAUUUCAUGUGAACUAUAAAAUUGUUGUGUUUUAAAAUUUAUAUUAAAUAAUUAGUAAUAUGGUAAAUAACGAUUAAUCAUGUAAGAUGAAUAAUUAUGUGUGUAAAUAUAAAAAUAAUCAUCCGCACAAAAAUAAAAAUAAUCAUCGGCACAGGUGUACGGGUCAACAUCUAGUAUUUAUCUAAAAACUAAACUUUGCCAACAGUUUAAGUUUUUCUUCACUUAUCUAACACUUUCUUAAUUAUUUGAUUUUGGAUACUUAUCUGAUACUUUUAAAUUUAUGUUAAAAUUUAAACUAAUAUCUCUAUAUAUCUAGACGGAAAGUAAUUAAAUAAAAAAGGAACAAAUUCAUGCUUGAAUGGGAAUUUGUUCACGAGUUUAAAAAGGAACAAUAACUUUUACCUUUUUGUUCGGAAGAGAUGUUUAUGUAAACAUUAACACAAUGGUAAAGAAAAGACAGAAAGAAAGAAGGAAAAAAGGCAUAGCAGACUUGUUGCACACCAUGGUGACUUCAAAAGAGGAGACCACAAGCGUUGUAAUAACACAAGAAGACAGAGAAGCUGCGGAAACAUUAAUAAAACUAAGCCAAGAUACUCGAUAUCAGCCAGUAGAAGAAGAAGAUGCAGCUCCAUCGUCGACUCUAUUAUUACAACAAGUAAGUAAAGCUCCUCUUUAAGUUACAAAAAAAAAAAAAAAAAAAAAAAGUAAAGCUCCUCAAAAAUCGUGUUCGUGUAAAAAGUGUAAAGCUAAAGAGAAACAGCAUUCGAAGAAGGAUGAUAAAAUAUCUAUGGAGAGUACAAAAGGGAAGACAGAGGUAGACGAUACCGAGGAAACCCUAAUGAUUCUUCAGGAAUGGAGCCACACCAAGCCCGACCCGGUGGAGAAAAUAUUCAGCGGUGAUGCUGACGUGGCGGAGCUAUUCAGCGAACCGAUAAAGAAGCAGCUGACAAUGAGCGACGUGGAGAAUGGUCAAUGCAGGCUCAUGUUAGGGAAGCAGCAAGUGCAGAAGAAGAUGCAUCCUCUUUUAGAACAUUCUGAGAUUCCGCUAGGGACUGAGGGGCUUGAUGUUUCGGUGUACGGACCAAACGGGGAGGUUCAAACGAUGAAGUUCAAGAUGUGGGGCGAGGACACGCCUGUGUUGACCUCGGGGUGGAAAGACUUCGUGGACAAGUAUGACCUCGAGAAGCAUCGUGAUUUUCUCACUAUUUGGAUGUUUAGGCAUAGAGUCACUCGUGGGAUUUGCUUUGCUAUUGACAGUACUAGUUUUUCUGUAACGGGGCCUCUGAGUUCGAGGAUCUCGAAGUCUGUCUUUCCGAAUCCAAAUUAAUUAGGGUUUUUAGUCGUUUGUGUUUUUUUUUUUUUUUUUUU